AUGGCCAGGGAGAAGAACCUUCUGGCCAAGUUCCUGACAAAAUACCCUAUGAUGCUUGGUGAGGUAAUUUUGAGAAAGAGUAACAAAAAGCUGAAGGCUUGGCAUGCUUCCCAGAAAGCCAAGGAGCCCCAACAAGUAGUAAUUUUGAGAAAGAGUAACAAAAAGCUGAAGGCUUGGCAUGCUUCCCAGAAAGCCAAGGAGCCCCAACAAGUAGCACCCCCCACCACCCAACCAGCACCCAGUGCGCCCAGCUCAAGUGCCUAUGGGCAAUUCAACAUUGCAGACCUCAUGGCAGGUUUUAUGCACUUCUCACAGGUCAUGCAAAGAAACAUGCACCAGUCCCCAAAGAAGCCUCAGCCCUCAGGAGAUAGAUUGGCUUUGACAAAUGGUACAACCAACCCUUCUGUGGACCAAGGCUCAGCUCAGCAGUUUGAACCCAAACUCAGGCACCACCAGAAGUCUGUACAAUCCAGUUCCCUGCCCAUUGAAGACAAAAAGGCUGAGGCACACAAUGAGGUGAGUGACACCCAAGAGGUCAAAGGCAACACCCCCCAGGGCAACCCACCCCAGGAGCCACCACAACACACUGGCAAGGAUGUGGAGGAUGCUGCUUUCAUGGCAUUUAAGAGCAAGCAAGAGGCUGCUAAGGCUAAGGCAAAGGCAAAUAGCAAGGCCAAAGCCAAGGCAAAAGGUACAGCAAAGGCAAAAUGCAAGGCAAAGGCGCAUGCAAAGUCAGCAGGUUGCAUGAAGAGGCCUGCAUCACAAAUCUCCAUGCCUAUGGCUUUUACCUAUGAGCCAGGUGAGCCUGAGGAGAGGUGGGAUGGCAAGUAUGACUCCUGGUGCAGCAAGCACUACCAUACAUGCAGGAACAUGGCAAUCAAUGCUGGCUACAAUGAUGAGGCUGCAAAGGAGUUUGGCAAGGAGGCAAGGAAGAAGGCCACCCUGCUCUACAAGAAAACCUUUGGAUGA